AUGCUUACCGUCAAGCAGCCACCAACUUACGGCUACAAGUCCGUCCAUGAUCUUCCGACUCCGCCUUCAACCUCUCGACCUUCUCCCCCCUUGAGGUAUCAAGAACCAGCAACAAAGUCCAUACCCAUUACCUAUCAGGGUCACAGCCCGCCAUCCCAGCCCAUGUCGGCUCCUCACCGUGGCCUGCCUCCGCCGGCGGCCAUGACUCUACCUCCUCAGCAACCUCCAACAGCCGGUGCUCCUCCGCCUGCACAUCAUCCAGCCCACGCGCCACCUCCUCCACCUCCGCCACAGCCAUCACUAGGCCCUCCAGGCCACCAGCAGAGGGAUUCUUGGGGUCAGCUUCCUGCUCCACCUCAGCAAUGGCAGGGAGCGGAGGAGUCUAUGAGGCAUUGGCUGCAGGCGAGAGCAGAGGAGGAUAGGAGAAGACAGGAGGAGGAACGAACGAGACAGGAGAGUUUACGUCUGGAACAGCGUAAGGUCGAGAUGGAUAUGCUGCGAACAUCGCUCCAAGCAGGUAUUCCUCCCCCUAUGGUACCCUUGGUUUUCUCGGGCAUGGGCAGUGGAGGCGUCGCCCCUCAAGCUGUUCUAGAAUGGGCUCAGCAGUUUAUGCCCCCAGGUCAAGCCCCCCCUCGUGCUCAGAUUAUGCCCGUACAAUGGCCUGUAUCGCCUGAACACCAACGGGAGUCACAGACACAGGGUCAUGCGCAGCACCAAGGCCUUCCUCCGACAUCGACACCAGCAGCUGGAUACGCGUAUCCGCCAUCACCAUCAAGACCUCGAGGCCAGACGGUGAGUGGUGUUAUUGGACGGCCAAUGGGCAUGUCAACGCUUCCGAGUCUCAACACCAAUGCACCACAGCCCGGUCACGCUCCCCCUGUGAUGCACUCGCACCAGCAUUCGCACAUGCAACAAGCUCAACAGCAGCAAGAGUCCCAGUCAAGUCCUUCCAUAUACUUUCACCACUGGCAGCCACCAACAUCGCAAGCCAGCGGCAGCUCAAAUCGACCUGGAAGUCCUUCUGGGGAAACUCCCAGAAAACGUAAGGCUACAGGACAGCACCAUGCUCCUUCGCCCACUCGCAGUGAACAACGAUAUCGAUCACCCCCGCCUUUCAGCCAAAGCAGCUCAUCAAACGCACCAUUCCGCGGAUCACGACGAGGUCACUCGCGACAAAGAAGUGAUAUGUCGCCCUUCAGAGUCACUGGCCCCGGUCGUUCUCGGAGAGAGAGUUUCGGCGGGCCUCUACGCCGGAGAUCACCGAUACGCAGUUCGACCCCUAUGCCUUACCAAAAUCGACAAGGCAGCGAACAGAAGCAGUCGGUGUCAGCCAUGUUAUCAGAGGAACCUCAGCCCGCCGCGCGGUAUUCAGGACCUCCUCACCCGGGCGAUGAUCGAGAAUAUCAAUACAGACAAUCGUCUCCGGAAGAUUCAAAGAUGCAUAGGGACGUUGAGCGAACACAAAAGCCCUCGGGAUGA